GUAUUAGACAUCACGUGAUUGUUUUGAACACAUGUUUUGAAAACAUUGAAAGUAAUGUAAACAUUGAUGUAAUCAUUGUUUUUAUUGUUAUGAAUGAUAUCGUAUGUCAAGCGAUAAUAAAGCUGUCAACAGAUCCAUACAUCUAUUGAUUGAUUUUUAUGUCUCAAAUCCCGUGAUUGAUGACUCAGAUGAAGAUCUUGUGGACCUCAAACUGACUGAACACUGAAGAACAAUGAGAUUAUUAAGUUUAUUAUGCAAUGAAACUCAUUGGUCAGUGUUAAACCGUACCGCCGGCGAUGACGGUGGCAAUUGGUAUCUCAACGAUUGUUUCAACAAUCUGGUCAUUGUUUGGCCAAUAUAUGUCUUGUUGACCAUAUUGUCAUCACUGCUAACGGGAUGGAUAUCCGGUAUCAGGCAUACCGGUGUGCCAUUUGACCAAUCAUUGCGGCGAUUGAUGAGAUUUCGGGCCGCAAUUGUUUGCCUGAUAUUAUUGAUUGUUUCGGCCGACUCUUUAGUAACAACAUUGCACUCAACUCUAACCACUGCUGUCUAUAUGUCAACCACUGUACAGAUAACUGCAAUUUUCAUACAUCUAUUUAGUCUUAUAUCAUGUCUGAAUAGCCAUUAUCGGCCAAAAUCUAAGUCAGUGUGCAUUGCAUUUGACGUAACAGUCAUUUUGAUUAUCUUUGUAAAUGUCAAUCAAAUCUAUACGUUUGUUGUCAAAGAUUUACAUACAUAUCACCAAUUGGUUUGCUAUACAAUUGUCUUAAUCUUAUGGAUAAUCUAUUUGGCAUUGAAUGUGUUGAGUUCGCAAAAGUUGAUGACCAAUGAAGAUGAAAGAGUUUUGAUUGACCGAAACGAUCAAAUAUCAAGUCUAUCCAUCACUUGCGAUACCAUUGAUAAUCAGUUGAUCAACGAAGAAAUGGUAGAUAUUAUUUCAAAGCUGACACUCCAGUGGGUGUCACCACUGAUGAAAAGAGGAAUCGAAAAGAAGAUUAGUUCACACAACGAUCUGUUCAGACUUCCCAAUGAUUUAAAGUCGAAAAAUGUUUCGCAAAAGUUUGAGACAAUAUUUGAAUUGAAUCCAUUAAGUGAUAUUACCACCAAUGAUAAUGAUAACAAUGUAGUAAUUGUUAGACAAAAAAGUCGUUCACUAAUCAAAUCAUUGCUCAAAUGUUACGGUUUUGAGUUACUAGGAGUCGGUUUCCUAAAGUUCUUCAGUGAUUUGUUUUCAUUUGCCGGUCCAUUACUACUGAAUCGUGUGGUUCAGUAUCUGGAAAGUGGUGAUCACGACAGUUACGAUGGUUUCUAUUACUCGCUGGUAUUAUUCUUAUGUUCACUAUUGUCAUCGAUGGCCAUCAGUUUGUUUAACUUUUAUAUCAAUAACAUUACGCUGAAGAUCCGAAGCUCAAUACUUACAUCAAUUUACAGUAAAAUAUUUAUCGUCCGUUCCAACACUUUGGACAGUCGUUUCAGUACUGGUGAAGUAUUGAACUUUGCGAGCACCGACACCGACCGUGUGGUCAACUUUUGUCCGUCACUCUUGCAGUUCAUUAGUCUACCCAUUCAGUUGUCGGUCACCCUAUACUUACUGUACGUACAGUUAGGCUUAGCAUUUGUUACCGGUGUUGUGUUUGCCAUUGUAUUGAUACCAAUCAACCGGUGUAUCUGUAAUAAGAUUGCAGAGUUGAGCACCAAAAUGAUGGACUGGAAAGACAAACGAAUCAAAUUGAUGAGCGAAAUCUUGAUGGGCAUUCGUGUCAUUAAAAUGCAUGCCUGGGAACCACUGUUUCGCCAAAGAGUUAUUCAUCUGAGAGAACAAGAGCUCAAAUAUCUUAAGGGAAGAAAAUAUUUGGAUGCCUUCUGUGUAUACUUUUGGGCGACAACACCGGUACUAAUAUCGUCACUUGUUUUCGGAACAUUUGUUUUACUCAACGGUCAGCUGACAGCACCGGUUGUUUUUACUAGUCUGGCAUUACUAUCAAUGCUUAUUAUGCCAUUGAAUGCCUUUCCUUGGGUUUUAAAUGGUCUGAUGGAGUCGUGGGUAUCAAUUAAGAGGUUACAAAAACUAUUUGAUUUGGAUCCGUUAGAUUUGAAUCAACAUUACAACCAUCCGAUUGCUGACAGUAAUUUCAAAGUACAAGCAAUGGGCGCAACGUUUGCUUCAUCUGAUUCGAGUCGCAAAAGAGAUAUAUCAUAUCGUUUUGUUUUGGGACCAAUUGAUUUCACUCUUACAACUGGAAUGUUUGUCGGCGUAAUUGGGAAAGUUGGUUCUGGAAAGAGCCAACUGUUAACAGCACUGUUGGGAGAGGUCCAGAGGAUUACUGGUAAACUUGGGAUCAAUAAAAGUGAUUUUGACGCCGGCGUUGGUAUUGUAACACAGGAGCCAUGGAUUCAAAAUACAACUUUUAUGGAGAAUAUAUUGUUUGGCAAACCAUAUGACGCCCAACGAUAUAAUGCUGUUCUCGAUGCCUGUGCUCUCAUCGAUGAUAUUAAUACCUUCACUGAUGGUGAUCUUACAGAGAUUGGUGAUCGCGGAGUAACACUUUCUGGUGGACAAAAGGCCCGAAUAUCAUUGGCCAGAGCCGUGUAUCAGAAUUUUGAUAUUUAUUUUAUUGAUGAUCCGUUCGCCAGUGUUGACAUGCAUGUGGCAAAAGUUAUCUACAAUAAGUGCAUAUUAGGUCUUUUAGGUGACAAAACAAAGAUUGUAUGCACUCAUCACCAAAAUUAUCUGAUGAAAGCAGAUUUGAUCCUAAAGUUAGACUCCGGACAAGUAAUGGCGUCGGGUUUACCACAGGAUAUCAUUACUACCGGUAAAAUGAAAAAACUAUCAAAAGAUGAAGAGAAACCAUUUGAAGAACAAAUGAAUGCGACGAAUAUCGACAAUGAAUUUGAGUUUAGAAUCAAAGAAGAAGAACGUGAAGAAGGAGUCGUCAAGUUUGCCGUUUAUUUAACUUAUAUGCGAUCAGUCGGUCCCUAUCUGUCAGCUUUGGUAUUAAUAUCUAUAGGUCUAAUGCAAGCAUCGAAAAGCGCAUCGGACUGUUGGCUAGCAUUUUGGACAUCAAAUAAUACAGAUAUGAGCUCUAAAUCGUCGAUCAACUAUUUAAUUAUCUUUAUAUGUAUUGCUGUCCUAAACUCAGUCCUAACGCUGAUCCGAUCUUUUGUCUUCGCUUACAGCGGAGUGAUGGCAGCUCUGAGACUUCAUUCGUCAUUAUUGAAAAAGAUUUUCACCGCCAGAAUUGUGUUCUUCGAUGUGACGGCUUUUGGUCGUAUUAUCAACAGAUUUUCCACUGAUGUCUUCAAUAUCGACGACAAUUUACCAUUUAAUUUGAAUAUUUUUUUGAGUCAAUUAUUUAGUCUGUUAGCAUCUAUAGUCAUCACAGUCUAUGGCUUGCCAUGGAUUGCACUAAUGAUUAUUCCACUAUCUGUUCCCUAUUAUUAUAUUCAACGCUAUUAUCGUUGGACUUCACGGGAACUUAAGCGACUGUCAGCCGUAUCUCUUUCACCUAUUUAUACACAGUUAGAUGAAACACUUCAAGGACUAAUCACAAUUCGAGCCUAUGCUAACAUUAACAGAUUUAUGCGCGAAAUGUACCUAAAGUUAGAUAUAAAUAACAAAAUUCAAUACUCGACGGCUGCAGUCCAACAGUGGCUAAAUCUUCGCCUACAGAUAUUGGGAGCAAUAGUAUCGUCGGGUGUGGCACUACUGGCCGUUAGUCUGCAUUUCUGGUCCGAACAGAUAGUCGACUCUGGUUUAGUUGGUUUAGCAUUAGUCUACUCGUUAUCAGUAACGGGACUAUUGAAUGGAGCCGUUCAGUCAUUCACACAGACAGAGAUGGAAAUGGUUUCAGUUGAACGAGUUAUGCAAUACAUUGAUAAUAUUGAAUGCGAAGAAGACAAUGUGGAUAACGGAUCCAUUGAUAACGAUGAAGAUAAUAAUGAUAAUGUCGACAAUCGUCGUGUUGUUGUUGAUAAUAACUGGCCAAACAAUAGUAUUGUUCGCUUUAGUAACGUAUCGAUGCGUUAUCGCCCGGACCUGAAACGUGCCUUAAAUAAGGUUUCCUUCAGUACAAAGCCCUUUGAAAAGAUAGGAAUCGUUGGACGUACCGGUUCCGGCAAAUCCAGUUUAUUUCAAGUCUUAUUCCGAUUGGUUAACGUAGAAGAAGGAAAUAUUACCAUUGAUGGCAUCGAUAUAUCAACUAUUAGUUUAAAUAACUUAAGAUCAAAACUAUUUAUUAUACCUCAAGACCCGUUCCUAUUUAGUGGUACAAUAAGAGAUAAUCUGGAUCCACAAAAUAAAUACUUAGAUAAUGAGAUCUGGCAUUCACUCAGAGAGUGUCAUUUGGAGUCAUUAGUACUAAGCUUAGGUGGUUUGAGUGCUAAUAUUAGCGAAAGAGGCCGAGAUUUGAGUUGCGGUCAAAGACAACUGCUAUGUUUGGUUAGAGCACUGCUAUCCAAGACAACUAUACUCUGUAUGGAUGAGGCGACAGCUAAUAUCGACUCAAUUACUGAACAACUAAUCCAACAAACAUUGACAACUGUUUUCAGUUCAGCCACUGUACUGUUUGUGGCCCACAAGAUCGAGUCGGUGCUCAAUAGUAACCGUAUAAUAGUAAUGGACAGCUCAUCCAUUGUCGAGAUGGACGAACCCGAGAAUCUACUGCGAGACGAAUCAUCCGCUUUCUAUGCAUUAUAUCAUAGAUAA